CCAAACGCCCUCCGGGGCGGCUGGCUCCCCGCCUGGGACAAGUGGUCUCCCACCCCUCCCUCGCUGUCCCUUCUGCGCCUCUCAGCGGGGCGCCACAGGUCACUUCCAGCUGUUGCCUUCUAGGAACAGACGUGCCCCCGGUUGGGGGACCCCGCUGUGCUGAGACACCCGACAACACCCCGAGGGCACGUCGGCCCCCCGGAGAGGGCGGGAGGCGGAUCCUGCUUCUGGUUCCGCCAACACGCCCUGGCCCGGGCGUUAGGAGUUCCGUGGGCCAGCCCCGGCUCCUCUCUCUGGGCCUCAGUUUCCCCAUCUUCAAAUGAAGAAUAGAGACCCCUCUUCUCCUAUAAGUGACCACUGAGCAAGACAAUGAACGAGGUGAAAGAGUCUCUUCGAAAGGUCGAGCAGAAGUACAAGCUCUUCCAGCAGCAACAGUUCACUUUCAUCACUGCGCUGGAGCAUUGCAGGGAGACCGCCCACGACAAGAUCCGGCCAAUCACCAGCAUUGAACAGGUACAGAGCUACAUGGAUCACCACUGCAACAACUCCACAGACCGGCGCAUCCUGCUCAUGUUUCUGGACACGUGCGCCGAGCUAAACAAGCUCUGCCAGUGCUUCGAGGCCCUGCACCCGGGCACGGCGGUCACCAAUAACCUCCUCGAUAGAUGCAAAACCCUCGUGAACCAGAGCAACGACCUGAGCAGCCUGCGAGCCAAAUACCCUCACGACGUGGUGAACCACCUCAGCUGUGACGAGGCCAGGAACCACUACGGAGGCGUGGUCAGCCUCAUCCCCCUCAUCCUGGACUUAAUGAAAGAAUGGGUGGCCCACUCGGAGAAGCUGCCCCGUAAAGUGCUGCACGUGAGUGAGCCCAAGGCAUGCCGGGAAGCCACCGCGGGAACCGCUGGCCCCUCCCAGACCGCAGGCACCCGGCCUGGGUCACGAAAACACCAGUGUAGGCAGCUUAGAAAAGACAACCUCCAACCAGGGGGGAGAGACAGAGGCGGUCCAAAACCUCCCUGGAGACCACCUGGUGGGAAACUGUAACUCAAGACCCGUGACGUGCUCACGGCCGGUGCCGCCCCGUGGGGCGCCUUUACUACACUUGGUCUCCACGGGUCCAUCCAUUGUCAUUGGCACCACAGCCCCUGCCACUCCUCAACCCCAAAGGGCCACCCAGCGUGUUACUGAGACCCUCUCUCGCUCUCCUGCUUCAACUUCUAACUUUUCUCGCCUCUAAGCAGCAGGCUCUGUGCCCAUGAAGAGAGUGUUGGGGAGGCUGGGAACGAGCUAUGGCACUGCCUGCCUGGCCCAGGUCCCCUUCGAGCUCCCACCACCGCUCUGCCAGGCUCGCCCAGUGCAGGCCCAGCUUUCCAGGCGGAGCCACCCAGCCGGAGGCGGCCGCAGCGGCAGCGGUGGGCAAGGCGCCUGUGUGUGGGAGACGGCUGCUCCCACGGCGCGGGCCGCGGCGGCUCCACAGGGCACCAUCCUCAGUGCGAGCAGGUCUCCGCACCGCAGCCGAGAGGACCGGGCGCCUCUCCUGUCCUGUACUUGCGACCUGGACACUGAGAACAACUCCGGUCGUGUGGCUCCUGUACAAGGACGAUGCCCUGGUUUUCACAGCCUAAGCGAGGCCCAGGAUUGUAAGAUGUGCCCCUGGCUUCUGAGCUUGCCAGAACUGUCUGACCUUUGGUUU